AUGAUUGAAUUCAUGGACUACAUCGUGCACGCGUUUGGAACAUCGACCGACUGGAACCCCGACAACAGCUACUCAUCAUUGACUGCGACCUCGGAUGCUCUACUCUCGUUCAAUACUCCUUCAACGUUGGCCCUACACGUCUCAUCCCUGAGCACCCGGAACUUUGCCUCGUCAUACACCCUUUCCACCCUUGGCCAGAUCGAUGGCUCCCUCUCCUACCUUUACUCCACCAUCCCAUUGGGACACAUUCCCUCCCAGACACCGAGUAUACCGCUGAAACAUCUGGUGAGAGGCUAUAGGGAUAUCAGGUUGCCGAUCAAUUUCCAGGGGGAGAGCAAGGUAUUCACCAGCACAGGCGGAAAUGGAAGGAAGCCUACGUUACUGCAUGCGACAUUGGCUCUUCCGCCGCCCUCGGUUCUGACAGCAUUAUACGCCCGGCGCAUAAGCCCAGAAACCCUGUUAUCCCUCUCACUAUACAGCAAGUCCGUAACAGGACCGACGCUCAACUUAAGCACUCCUCCAGCGUCAUGCCUUGCCCACAUUCAGCACGACGCUGGUCAAUACUCAGUUGAAGGGCUUGCAUCAACCGACAGUGCACUGCUGGGGGUCCGAGGACUAUGGAACUUCGGCGUCUCGGUUCCGGGGGAAGCAGAGUCCCUGUCAUUCUCAGGACCAAGGCCAGAGUCUGCCGAAAGCGACAUAGAGUUUCCCUCCGGCCUUCCUCUCCCAACCAAAAUUGAGCGCAAUUCGGCCUAUCGCAGCCGACUGGAGUCCAAACCCUCACUCGUGUCUGCCGGCGCGGAGUUCUACUACAGCCCCUUUUCACACGUUAUCGGGCUCUCAACAGGCCUGCGCUUCACCACCCUCGCACCAAACAUCACACCUUCUCCACCUCAACCACAAACCGAAACCUCGCCAAACCCAACAGCCAACAAGCCCCUCGCCGGAACAUCUGCCUCUCUCCUAUCAACAGCAAGCCACAGCCUCCUCACGCCGUCCAACAUCGCACACUCUUCCUUCCCAUACACUAUGACCCUAACACUCACCCCUUUAACCGGCUCCAUAUCCUCAACAUAUUCGGUGCGCCCGACGCCCAACAUGGCCUUAUCCUCGCGCUUCGACUUCAACUUCUACUCCUGGGAAUCACGGUACGUGGUUGGCGGCGAACUGUGGCGGCCGCGGCGCAAGCCGCCGUCAUCAUCAUCGUCCGGCGAUAUUAACGCGGACCCCGACGAUCCACUCGCAUGGGCACGCGCCAAAACCCAAGACUGGUUCACGCCGGCGGAACAGGCGCUCAAGGACGAGCGGCUGCAGCGGGAAGAGGAGAACGUGCUUAAGUUUCGAGUGGACGAUUCCUGGAAUGUGCGGGCGCUGUGGACGGGUCGAGUCAAGAGCCUGCUGGUCUCAGCCGGCGUGAGUGUUUCCCCUGUCGUGAGGAAUGGCCUUGGCACGGCGUCGGUUGCACCCGUGAGGAGUGCUGCGACUGGUGGGAGCGGAGCCGCUCUGGGCGUGGGUGCCGGGGACCCAGAUGGAGGUAUCAAGCGGUGGACCGGUAGUGUGGGCGUCAGUAUCGCGUACUCCACUUGA